GUGAUUGGUCGUGCUGGUACGUCCAUCACAACUGAACAUCGCAGGCAGUCGAGUGAGAGGAACAGGUUGAAAAAGGGCUGGAGGCUUAUAUAUUCAAAUAGUGUUGGUUGCAGAUUGUAACCGGACAUAACCUACAAGCUGGAAGGGCUCAGCGCAGCGUGGGUUCCCAGGGAUCCACUGCCUGAGUGUGGGGAGAGCUGCAGCCGAGAUCCCAGAGACAUGAACCACACCAAGGGCGGCCUGGUCAUCUUCACGGCCAACUCACACCCCUCCAGCCGUGAGCUGGGCAAGAGGAUUGCAGAGCGGUUAGGGGUGGAACUUGGCAAGGUGCAGGUGUACCAGGAGGCUAACAGAGAAACGCGGGUGCAGAUCCAGGAGUCGGUGAGAGGCAAAGAUGUGUUUGUGAUCCAGACAGUGUCCAAAGAUGUGAACACCACCAUAAUGGAGAUGCUGAUCCUGGUGUACGCGUGCAGGACAUCCUGUGCCAGAAGCAUCACAGGCGUCCUCCCUUACUUCCCCUACAGCAAGCAGUGUAAAAUGAGGAAGAGAGGCUCCAUCGUCUCAAAGCUUAUCGCCUCUAUGAUGUGUAAAGCUGGGCUCACCCACCUGAUCACCAUGGACCUCCAUCAGAAAGAGAUUCAAGGCUUCUUCAACAUCCCUGUGGACAAUCUGAGGGCCUCGCCCUUCCUGCUGCAGUACAUACAGGAAGAGAUCCCUGACUACAGAAAUGCUGUGAUUGUGGCCAAAUCGCCAUCCUCUGCCAAAAGAGCUCAGUCGUUUGCUGAGCGGCUGCGUCUGGGUUUGGCUGUGAUCCACGGUGAAGCUCAGGACGCAGAGUCUGACCAGGUGGACGGGCGACACUCCCCACCCACCGUCAAGACCACCGGAGCUAUUCACCCCAGCAUGGAGAUACCAUUGUUGAUCCCUAAAGAGAAGCCUCCCAUCACUGUGGUAGGGGAUGUAGGAGGACGCAUCGCCAUCAUAGUGGAUGACAUCAUCGAUGAUGUUGACAGUUUCGUGGCAGCAGCCGAGACGCUGAAGGAAAGAGGGGCCUACAAGAUCUUCAUUAUGGCCACACACGGCAUCCUCUCCAGUGAUGCCCCCAGGUUCAUAGAGGAGUCGGCCAUCGAUGAGGUGGUGGUGACCAACACGAUCCCCCACGAACUCCAGAAGCUCCAGUGUCCAAAGAUUAAAACAGUCGACAUCAGCAUGAUCCUGUCGGAGGCCAUCCGCCGCAUCCACAACGGAGAGUCCAUGUCCUACCUGUUCCGCAAUAUCGGAGUGGAUGACUGAACGUGUUACACACACACAUGCACACACACACAUGCAGGAACAUACACACCAUUUGCCUUUUCGGAUCUUUUCAGAAAAAAACAUAGGGCUGAAUGUCAAACACUGAAAUUGCUACAGACACAAAAAUAUCCAUUUCUUACUUGUAUACUAACAUUUAAUGCUAACCCUUUCCUAACAUAGGUGAUGAUGUAUCACAUACACACACACACACUCAAUCAGGUCACUCUGUGUCCUGAGUGGUUGUGAAUAGACUACUGCUCAUCUCUCCAAUGGCUGCUGUCUUGUCUAAAUGUACACACCUCAGUUUUUUGUACUCCUGUCACAUUCUGACUCCCCGGUUUUGUCCCCUCCAUCUCGUCUGCAUUUCUCCUCCACAUGUGUUUCUACAGAAAUGUAAUGAAUUCAUGUUGAUGUUAAAUCUUAGUGGUGGAACAAGAUAUUUGUUAGCGUUGAAUGUCUUUCGCAGCACAAUCUCCAUUACUCAUCGUGUCGGAAAGAGAGUCAGUGCCUUCUACAGGACAUGCUCGCAACACACUGCUCCCAUACAGAGCCGUGUCUAUGCUUACAGAGCUAAUUCAUUAUGGCCAUUGUAAUUAACCCACGAACAUUCAGGUUCACAGCCAAUCAACACAUGCAGAGUAUCGGAGUGCACGUUUAACCCUCCGUCAGAUUUCUGUUUAUUUACGUAGCGUGUGAAUGUGCUGCUAAUAUAGUCCGUGGUUGCCAUAGCUCGUAGAUGCUAAUCCGGUGUCAAACUUCUAAAUGCUAAACUGAACUGGAAUCGGUACAAGAAAUGCUCUCAGUCUGGUUAAUUGGAUGUCAGAAACAUUUUGUGGCAAUGUUACUUGUCAAAUCUUUUUUUAUUAUUUUUUUUUUUUUCACAAGUCAUCCAUAUAACACUGUGUGCCAUCAUUUCAUGCCUGCCAUUUUAAAUAUUCGUUCAUGCCACAAAUGAGCAGCUGUCUCCUCGCUAGAGGGCUCUUGACUAAAAGCAUCUCAUGAAUAAACUGUUCCUUAAGGUCACACUUCCACAAUUGAAUUAAUUGCAGUUUUACUCUCUGGUUUGAAAUGGAUGGUUGUUCUUAAAUGGGUAAAUGUCUUUGAUCCUGAAAUCAAUAUAAAUGAACAUGUUACACACAUUCUACCUUAGUUUUUGGGAAAAAAAACAAAAACCAAGUUCCAAACUGCAGCUAAAGUUGGAAAAGUAAAGUGAAACUUUUUUCUGAUGAGCAAAACUUGACUGAAGCAGGUCUUUGUCACUUAACCAGAUGUGUUCCAAAAAUGUUUUGUAUUUAUUUUCAGCACUUAACGGAAUAAAUAUGACCUGAGAAGGUAAAGAAGG